AGCUAUCUCGAGUGCAGACUUGGCCCGCAUACACCUCCUUAACUGAUCCUACCACUCUCGCACCAGACAUCAUGCCCAGCGUCCUUAUCCCCAUGGCUGACUACGGCCACGACCCCACCGAGGUCGCCAUCCCCUACUCCGUCUUCAAAGCCGCAGGCUUCACCGUCGACUUCGCCACCGAGACCGGCAAGACACCCGAGUGCGACAGAAAGAUGCUCAAGGGCAUCACAGGCACCCUCCUCGGUGCCGACGCCAAAGCCAAAGCCGCAUACGCCGACAUGGCCGCCACCUCGGCGAGCUUCAAAUCCCCGAAGGCGUGGACGGACCCGGCGUUCAGUCUAGACGAGUACGACCUCGUGAUGCUCCCUGGUGGACAUGACAAGGGCGUGCGGCAGGUCAUCGACUCCAAGGCAAUCCACGACCACCUUGCGCGGUUCUUCCCUGGCACAUCCCGGAGCACCGACGGCGCCAAGAAGACUGUCGCUGCCAUCUGCCACGGCGUGCAGAUCCUCGCCCUCGAAACCGCUAAGAUCGACACGGAUCUUUCAGCGAGCUACAAGUCCAUCAUCCACGCGUGCGCGACCACCGCUUUACCAUCAUUCAUGGAGACGAGUAUCUACAACACGACGCGCCUCUUCCUCGGUGACUACUACAAGACCUACGGCGCGUGCACUCCCAACGUUGAGGACUAUGUCAAGUGCGGGUUGGACAAUCCGGAGAAGCAGUUUAGCGCUGGGCCGGGGAUGUUGGGCGGGAAGAUGAACGAGCCGUUUAUCGUCGAGGACGAGGGGUUCCGGUAUGUGAGCGGGCGGUUCCCGCCGGAUGCGGAGAGGCUGGCGGAGAGGCUACAGGGGCUUCGUAAGCAUGUGUUAUCUUAG